AUGGUGAAGAAAAAUGAAAACCUUUAAUAGGAUGACCAUCAUGAAAGAUUUCAAUAAAUAAAACCAGAGUUCAAUGUUUUUAAUCGUAAGAAGUUGAGGAAAGAAAAAAAAAUCAUGAAAAAAUAGAAACAUAUGUAAAUUAAUUAAUAGAAAAAUUGGAGAAACUAAGGUAUUUAGAUUGAUAAUUAAAACUUAAAUUAAAAUAAAAAAAAAACAUAAAACUAAGACUCUCAAAAUUCAUCAUCACGAUAGGAAUAAAAUUUAUAAUAAUAAAAAUAAGUGAAAAAGUAGCAAAAUUCUAGUAAUAAAGAAAUUGAUUAAAAGAGAUAAUAAUAAUUAUAGAAAGAGAUUGAAUAAGAGGAAAAAGAAAUAGAAAGAUUAACUAAAAAAUUAAAAUUGAAAUAAAAUAGAUUACCAAAAGCAUAAAUUAUGGAAGAUGGACUAGAAGAUGAUUUGUUUGAUUUUUUAGAUCAUAUUGAUAAAAGUAUCAAAGAUAAAGAUAGACCUAAAGACUAUUUAGUUUUUUAAAAGAAGAAUGAAAGUGAAGAAGAUUAAAAUUAAGAUUAAGAUAUCGAGUAGGAGUCAGAAUAAUAUUCAAAUGAAUAAAUUAAUGAAUCUUAAGAAGAAGAUAUGGAAGAAGAAGAUGAAGAAUAAAAUCAAGAUGAUGAUCUGAUAGAAGAUUAAGAAAAUUAGGAUGAUAUAGAUGAUGAUGAAGAUAAUAAUGAUGUUGAUGAUGAUGAUGAUGAUAUAGAUGAUGAUGAAAUUUAACCAGACGAAGAGGAAAUAUAAGAAGAAGAAAAUUAAUCGCCAGAUGAAAAUGAAGAAGAACCUGAGGAAUAAAGUGAAGAAAUAUUAAUAAAUAAUUAAUAAAAAUAGAAAUUGCCGAAUAAUGAACAAGAGAAAAGCAAAUAGAUAAAAGAAUAAUAAUCCUAAAAAGAUCUUUAACCAAUUCAAGAAAUUUAAUAUGAUGAGACUUAACUUAUGGAAGUUCGAAAACUUUUGAAUAGAAACUUAAAUAAAAUUUCUGAAGCAAAUAUUAAUAAUAUUGUAGAUGAAAUAGAUAAAAUAUUUAAUUAACAUCCUAAGUAAAUUGUAGGGUUAGUAUUUGGAUAGCAAAUUAUUUAAUCUACAGUUAAACCUAUUGCUCUGCUACCAUAUUUAUUGAGUUGUAUAAUAGCGUCAUCAAGUUAUUUUCAUUAAUUAUAUGAUAAUCUCUUUUUUGGCGAAUUGAUUAAAUAAGUCAUUCUUAAAUUAAGAGCUGCUCCUGUUAAUCAUGAAAUUAAAAAUAUCACAUUAAUAUUUUGUCAUUGGUACUUGUUUGAAUCAAUUUCUUUGUAAUUCAUAAAGGAAUUUUUAAAAUAUUUAUUGAAAAACUAAACAGCUGAUAAUGUUGAAAAUUUGAUAUUGAUUAUUUAAUAUUGUGGUAAGAAAAUAAGAUAAGACAAUCCAGCAAUUUUGAAAAUGAUCAUUGAGGACAUUAAGUAUGCAUUUUAAAAUGCAAGUGAAUCAAGAACAAAAUUUUUACUUAUGACAUUAGAUGAUUUAAGAUUAAAUAAAAAGAUAACAAGUUAAUCAGAAAGAUUAGAGUUUAUAUUAAAUUGGCACAAAUAAAGAACAUCAAAAUUGAUUCAUAGAAUAUUUUGUUAAGGUUUUGAUUUUAGCUAUGAAUCCUAAUUUUAAAGUAAUAAUUGGUGGAAGCCUAUAGUAACAAAUGAAGAAUAAAGUUAAUUAUUUUAAGAAUUUAAAUUGUAAAAAAAAAAUGUGAAAUUAGAAAAAUUAGAGCAACUAGCUAUUGAUUAAAAAAUGGUAACAGAAACUCGUAAGACUGCAUUUGUAAUAAUAAUGGGAGCGGAUGAUUUAUUUGAAGCUGCUUAAAAUUUAGAUAAAUUAGGUUAUCUUAAAAAGAAAAAGCAAGAUGUUUGUUUGGUAAUUGUAGAAAUGUGUGGAAAUGAGAAAACAUAUAAUCCAUAUUACUAAGAACUUGCUCAUUAUUUAAUUAAUUUGGAAAGAGGAAUGAAAUAAGCAUUUCAAUAUAUGUUAUGGGAUAAAUUUAAAUUAUUAGAAAACUACAAUAUAAGAAAAUUAAUAAACAUUGCUAAAUUUUGUUCGAAUCUAUUAAAGAAAGAGAGCCUAAAUUUGCUUUUAUUAAAAUGGUUUAAUUAUGAAGAAUUAUUGGAAAUUUAAGCUUAAUUUUUGUGCAUAGUAAUUUAAAAUUUUUUACAAAAGUAAUUAAAUUUAGUAAUAAUUAUUAUAGUAUAACAAUAGACGUAAUGGCAAAAUAGAGUAAGAAUCUAUUUGAACAUGCAGACUAUUUACCUUUUCGAAAUGGGCUUUAAAUGUUUAUGAAAAAUAGAUUUAAAACUUAUAUUGAAAGUUAGGAUGAUUAGGCAAAGGUUAAUCAAUUAAAGAAGGAUUUAAGAAUAAUGAUAAAGUUAUUAGAUGAGAACAUAAUAAAUAAUGAUGAUUGA